AUGUCACAGAUUGCUGCUGCUGAAACACUAUUUGUUCGAUGCUUUUCUUCAAAUCGGCGUCACCGGCAAUCAUCUUCUUUAACAACAGGUUCAAGAGUAUCCUAUCAAGUAACUCAAACAGAUGUUUCAAUCAAUGAAUUACGUGCUAAUAUGGCCAUGACUGCCUUAAAAAAAAAUUCAAUGUCCAUUGCUGCAUCAUUACCACCAACACACGAUUCUUUAUUUUAUCACUGUUUACGUGUCUCAAGACAAGUUCAAAUAUGGUUACAAGCACCUGAUGGUUACAUUAAAUAUCCUGCUUUAGAAGAUAGCGGAUACCAAAUGAUUGAUGGUCAUCUGCAAGUUCAAUGGACAUCCAAGUUACCAUUUCCUAAUGAUCGACAACUGUCUUGCUGUGGAAAACACAAAGGACAGUGCACUAGAUGUAUAUGUAUUGUAAAUCAAUUACCAUGCACUAUAUUCUGUCAAUGUCCUGCUGAUUGUUCAAACCGAAAAUUGAUUCACACUGCUACAUCAAAUUCACAAACAAUAAUAGUGAGUUCAUUAUUUUGUUUUUCUAACAAUCAAAUAUGGGACUGA